AUGGCGAGAGAUGUGACUGUAAGUAUACCAGUCGAGUCUACAGACACGUCCACUACCAGUCAAUCUACGCUAAGGACGCCUCCGCCCUGUGUGAACGUCAGAGCAGUGGGGUCCCCGGUGCAACAGGUCGGGGACGUAAUCAGGGGGAAUACAGACCCUGCCCCCACAGAGGGGGGCAUUCCGGUAUUCACUUCUGGUACUAUCGACGUUUCACCGAAUGUUGAGCCUUCUGGAUCAUUCAGGAUGAAAGACAAAAUUAAGGGAUCACGUCAACAAGCGCUAGACGUACGAAGGACUUCUUUGAACCCUUAUAAGUCUACGCGUGCGGAUAACGCGCACCCGUUGCCGAGGAAAGAGAGGUCAGAAAUCGAAAAAGAGUUAGCGCAGAGGGAAUAUGAAACCGCCAAAGCCCGUGAAAAGCUGGCUCGAGCGAAAUUAUUGGCAUUACAGGAACAAGAGGAAACCGAAGAUGAAAUUUACGAACAAGAACAACAUGUCGAAGAAUGGGUAAUCCAGGCUUCAGAUGAAUUUGAAAAUAAAAGUCAGCACCAGGCGUCAAGGCAAGAUGAAAUAUCGACGGUACAAUUACUUGUACAGGAAAUCAAGAAGUUAAACGAAAAAGAUAGAGAUAUUAUAGAGUUGCCUUCAUUCAGUGGUGCAAGUGCAGAGUGGCUAAAUUUCAAGAAAGCUUAUUUUGAAUCAGCUGAGAACUUUUCCCACGCAAUGAACCGAGCGCGCCUUCGCAAGGCUCUACGAGGAACUGCCAAAGAGGCAGUGGAAAGCUUGAUGAAUAGUGUUGAUGAUCCGAUGAUCGUAAUGCGGCACCUUGAAGAUAGAUUUGGUAGACCUGGAUCUUUAGCACUAGCAGAGUUAGAAAAAAUGAAACGGAUAAAACCAGUGAAAAAUGAUCCAAGAGAUAUUUGCAGAUUUGCCAGCCAGGUAAAGGCCUCUAUUUCUGUCAUCAAAACCUUGAAGAAACCACAGUAUCUUCACUCACCAGAAACUUCCAAUUGCAUAAGGGAGAAAAUGUCAGUGAACAUGUUUGAUAGAUACGUCGCUUUUUAUAGCCGGUAUAGAGAUACUGAAAUAGCUGACUUAGAAAUAAUCGAUUUAUUCCUUACCGAAGAAAUACAGAAUUAUGGAGUUUUCGCUCCACCUGAAAUUGAUGAUACCAUAACGCCGCAAUACGUAAAUUCAAGAAAGACAGUUCACGCUAUGUUAGAGCCAGAAGAGAGAAAACAAGAAUCACCGUCGACGAGUCGAGAAAUAGCCAUUCGCACAGUUAAGAGAUCAUGUAACUUAUGUGAUGAGAAUCAUGGCCUAUUAGAAUGCAAGAAAUUCAGAGAAGCAAGCGUAGAUGAACGAUGGGAAAUUGCGAAGAAAGCUAAGAUAUGUUUCAAGUGCCUUCGUUACAGACACCAGAGGCUGGACUGCAAGGCUCCACCCUGUAGAAGAUGCAGGAGAUAUCACCAUGUAGCUCUUCACUCUGAAAGACCCACACCAACUGCAGUCCAGCAGAAGAACGAGUCGUGCAAUAAUGUCGACCACGAAGAUGAAACAUAUAACGAUGAAGAUGGGUAUUUUGAUGAUGAACCAGAAGAGAAAAUUGUAUCCAUCAAUACCACAGUGACUAAAGGAAAGGUGUAUUUGAAGAUGGUGCCAGUGAACCUAUAUGGCCCAAAAGGAAAAGUCCGAGUGUUAGCAUUGUUAGAUGAAGGAUCUACAAUUACACUGGUAGAUUCCUCGAUUGCAGAGAAGAUUGGAGUUGAAGGAAAGAGAGAACCAUUGACAAUAGAAACGGUUGGUGGAAAAGAAUUGAAGAAGAAUAACUCCUUGAAGGUCAAAUUGAAAAUAAAAGGCGUCAACAGUAGAGAAAUAAUGACAAUGGAAGCCAGGACAAUGGACGAUUUGAAGUUGUCAGAACAAAAAGUUGAUACAGACGUAAUAAACAAUUGUCCUCAUUUAGUAAAAAUCAGAAAAGAACUCGUUUACACCGGUGAAAAGCCUAAGCUUCUUAUAGGACAGGACAAUUGGGGAUUGAUUGUCACAAGGAAACUAUUAAAAGGAAAGGCCACCAAACCAGUGGCAUCACUUACAAGACUAGGAUGGGUUCUGCAUGGAUUUGAUACAAGUGCUAACGCCGUAGUUAACUUCGUUAACCACUGCCGAACUAAGGAAGAUGAAAUAGAAGAAAUCGUCAGAGAACACUUUAAACUGGAGUCUUUGGGAAUACAACCUAAUUUGCCGAGUAAUGACAGUGACCGAAGAGCCUUAGAAGUUUUAGAGAGUACCACGAAGAAACUACCAAAUGAUCAAUACGAAACAGGACUCUUAUGGAAAAAAGAAGAUGAAACUCUACCGAACAAUUAUCAUCAAGCUCUUCGACGACUUAUGAAUAUUGAAAAGAAACUAGACCGAGAUGCUGCAUUAAAAGAAUCUUAUACAACGCAAAUAGAGAAGUUGUUGGAAAAAGGUUACGCAGAAAAGGCCCCAGAAAAUACCUGUAGCGGGAGAACCUUUUAUCUUCCUCAUUUUGCAGUUGUUCAUCCAAUCAAGAAGAAGCCAAGAAUAGUAUUCGAUGCAGCGGCAAAAUUUGAAGGUAAAAGCCUUAAUGAUGCGCUACUAGCAGGACCGGAUUUACUUCAAUCCCUAUUUGGAGUUUUGUUACGAUUCAGAGAGGGUCCAGUAGCAGUGGUGGCCGAUAUUCAAGAAAUGUUUCUAAGGAUAAAGAUAAGAGAAGCGGAUAGAGACAGCUUUAGAUUCUUAUGGCGUGGAGAAGAUAGAAAGAAGAAACCUGAAGAAUAUCGGAUGACUUCGGUAAUCUUUGGAGCUGCAUCGUCUCCAGCGACCGCCAUAUACGUCAUGAAUAAAAACGCUAAGGAAUACGGAAAAUCUUUCCCUGAAGCAGUGAAAGCAAUUGAAAAGAACCAUUAUAUGGACGAUUACCUGCAAAGUUUCAGGACCACUGAAGAAGCAAAGCAAACGGCAGCAAAAGUGAAAGAAAUUCAUGAAAAGGCAAGUUUUCACUUGAAAGGCUGGGCUAGCAAUGAUGCGAGAGUAAUUGAGGAAUUCAGAGAAAAGAUACAGAAUGAUUCUUUAGAACUCACGAAAGAAGAAAAAACUCUUGGUUUAAGAUGGUUGGUGAAAGAAGAUGCAUUGGCUUUUAAUGUUGGUUUACGAAAUACCUCGGAAGAACUCAUGAACGGGAGGAAAAUUCCCACCAAACGAGAAGUAAUGAGCGCUGUCAUGUCAACAUUUGACCCUUUGGGAUUUGCGACACCUGUAUUGAUUCAGGGGAAGAAAUUAUUUCAAGAUAUUUGGAGAACGAAAAUUGAUUGGGAUGAAAAAAUUCACGAAGAUCAAGUGAAGUCAUGGUUGAAGUAUAUGGAAGAAGUAUCCACUCUAACAGAAUUAAAAAUCGCAAGAUGUAUCUCACCGUACUCGCAAGAAGGAGAAUUACAUACCUUUACAGACGCAAGCGAAGAAGCUUAUGCCGCAGCCGUGUAUUGGCGGACUAUAGGAACUGAUGGGAAGAUACACGUUACCCUAAUUACAGGGAAAGCAAGGGUCGCACUGACGAAACCCAUUUCGAUUCCAAGGCUAGAACUGCAGGCUGCUUUACUAGGGACAAGGUUAGCAGCGACAAUAGAACGCGAAAUGGAUCUACGUGUGCUAAAAAAGGCAUAUUGGACCGACUCAAGUACAGUGUUGCAAUGGAUUAAAUCUGAUCCUCGAAAAUUUAAAACCUUCGUAGCUCACCGGCUGGCUGAAAUCGAAGAAUCGACAAACGUUGGAGAAUGGAGGUGGGUGCCUACUAAAGUAAAUCCAGCCGACGAUGCGACGAGAGGGACGCCAAAUGACUUUGACCAAGCAGCAAGAUGGUUCCAAGGCCCUUCUUUCUUGCGCAAAAACGAGGAUAAAUGGCCUGUGAGAAGAUUUGAAAAAGCAAAUGAAAAUCUGGAAAAGAAAGAAAGAAGGCGACAAGACAAAGGAAGAAUAAUACCGUCAACGCCGCCAAGCAGAAGGAAGAGACCAAACAAAGGAGAGGAAGGUAACCAAACAGAAAAGCCCAGAGGAAAAAGAACGAACAAUAAUAAGGAAGAACGCGAAUUAUGGACCGGCAAACUACCGGAGGAAUGCUAA